AGGGGCAUAGGAUUCACGCUGGGACCGAGCUCUCAGCCUGACGAGACACCUUACAAAACGGCCUUGGGAAGGCACAAUGUUUUUGGUCUUAAUGUGGUUGUCCAAAGAAAUCAAUAAGAAGCGCCGGCCUCAAAGGAGGUGUACCUGAUCAUCAAAAGCAUUCUGCCCUUUCACAGGCAGUUUAGAGGCCUUACGGGAAGAGAGAGGAUCUCUGCGCCGGGACAAACCUUCUGCGGCUACGUCCAUGUUACGAGGUACAUGACGUGUUGGCUAUUGCCCAGAAACUUUUGGCCAACACGCUCUCCUGAAUCUAGAUCAAAGAAGAGGGUGAAAGGGCAGAGAGAAAAUUCUCCAACACUCUUGAGAAACAUGUUGGAUAUACAGCUGCCUUUGUCGAUCUUCAGUGUGUCGUCUUUAUGCUGAUCCAUAACCAAAGAGGGCAAAUAGCAAACCACAUGUGAUAACCAGGUUGGUGAAAGAAUGAUCCGCCAGCUUCUGUUUGGAGCUUUAGUUUCCGCGUCGAACCGGAAGGACGACAAACACUCGGCGAGCAGCAGAUAUAAACUCAGCUCAGUCAGUUCAGAGAGAUCUCAUCUCGACAAUCUCAAUCCCAAUCGGUCAACAAGCACCACAAGCACACAACCAUCGACCACAAGACACGACACCCAGGUCCCAACACACUCAAACAUGUCUUUACGUCCAUCUCAAUGGAAGGACAGGGUCAAGGAGCCUAACGAGGCCGACCGUCACGAAUUUGGCGGCACCGAGCUGAACCGCGACUACACGCUUGUCGAGACUGACCAGACCGACGAGCAGGGUUACGACGUGAUCCCCAACGUCGAGACCUCCAUCGUAGAGAUCAACCCCCCUAGACCCCCUCACGCUCUGGACUACUAUGCCGAGGACCGCAGCUACCUCCUCCAGCUGGCUGAGCGUAUGGGUUUCUGGUUGUCCGACCCGGUUGCUCGCCUGGGCGGCGGCAAACAACGCGGGCCCGACAAACGUGACGACAAGGAGAAGGCUGCUCAGCAGGAGGUCGACGACAAGGCAUGGGUCGACAACAUCAAGAACGACAUCCAGUGCCUGUGGAACAACAUGGGCAUCGGUCAGGACCUCCUUGGUGAUGAGCUGCAGGUCUUCCGCGAGGCCUUCUUCUCCGAGAGCAGAGCAAAACUCGAGAAGGUCGAAAAGGAGGACAAGGGAGUCAGCUUGGAUCAGUUCCAGCAGUCUGUGCGCACCCUCUUGGUGCUGAUGGACCUGAAGCUUUCAGAGGAGGGUCUCAAGAUCUUGAAGGAGAUGGCCACCGACAAGCAAGUUCUCAAGAACGAGCACAGCUUCAGCUUCGAAGAACAGAGAGCCGUCGGUCAGCUUGCCCGCAAGAUGAUGAGCUCUACUUCCGAAGAACGUCGUGAGGCCAUUCGCCAGGAGAAGCUUUCCGACAUGUCGAAGAUCCAGAGAGAGAUGUUCGAGCGCAAGAAGUUGGAUCCUGUCAAGCGUCACUUCAACAACUUGGCUGUCAAGAAAUUUGCACAAGACAAGAAGGAGGCAAUGGAGGCAAAGCUGAAGAAGAGCAAGAUGUACUGAGAGUCGGCCUCUGGUCUGCCAGAAAAUCGCAGAUGUCAAGGCUGGCUUCCAAGAGGAGCAAGGAGAGAUUGGCGGCAAUAGCACGAGACACAGUGCUUUUCUUUUUCGGGUCGCAGCUUCCUCAUGGGGUUUGGGCUGUCCAAGGUUGCAUUGUCGAGGAGGAGUUACUCGUUCAUGGUCUUUGAGGACCUGCACCCAUAGACAAUGGGUUGAAGCACACUCUCUUACAGAUUCUCAGAUUCAUCAUAACCUUUCUUUCUGCCCGUGCUUUACAUCAUGUUGUGCUGAGGGUGCUUCAUUGUGUCAGCAUUAUC